AAAAAAAAAACACCUUGCGACUUCUCCUCCUUUCUCUGCCUCUCUCUCUCUCUCUCUAUCCAUCGCCGCCAUGGACUCCUUCUUCCAAGGCAUCAGGUCCAGAGAACUCACCGGAUUCAGAGUUCGAAAACGGCCGUGUAUCGGUGAUAAGGCGUCUGAUUUUGCUGAAUUUGGAGGUCUGGCCAUUGAACAUAAUGGUGAUGAGACGCCUCCUUUGGCCAUUUCUUUUGGCAAGACAAGUAAAAGUUCCCAUAUUUUGGCUGUGUCUGAUGAGGAUGGUUACUUGAGCUUAUUUGAUGCUCGUAAAAAACUUCCUUCUCAUGCAUCUCAUCAAGAAUGUUCAGGAAAAUCAAGAAUCAGUGAAUGGGUGGCUCACCAGAAUGCCAUAUUUGAUAUAUGCUGGAUCAAGGAAGAUACCAGCAUCCUCACUGCUUCGGGUGAUCAAACUAUUAAGGUAUGGGAUGCACAGGAGGAGAAAUGCACUGGAGUUUUGAUGGGGCAUACAGGAAGUAUUAAAUCUAUGUAUCCCCAUCCAGCAAAUUCUGAUCUUCUUGUUUCUGGUUCAAGAGAUGGGUCCUUUGCCAUAUGGGACUUGAGAUGCAAGGUUGCUUCUAAGAGUAGAUGCAGUGAAGCUUGCAUAACUUCAACUGCCAUGGUCAGGAGAGCUCAUGUUUCACCUCAAGCAAAGCGAAUUAGACGGAACAAAGCUGCUUCCAUGAGCAUUACAUCAGUUCUUUAUCUCAAGGAUGGAAUCUCCAUUGCCACUGCUGGGGCAGUGGACAGCAUUGUAAAAUUCUGGGAUACCAGAAAUUUAAAGGCUCAGGUCACUCAGGCUUGUCCUCAUCCUAAAUCAUCAACUGAAAAGGAAAGAAGAUUGCAUGGCAUAUCAAGCCUGUCCCAGGAUUUAAAUGGAGUCUUUCUUACAGCUUCAUGCAUGGAUAAUAGAAUAUACUUGUAUAAUGUGCUUCAGCUUGAAAAAGGUCCAAUUAAGUCGUUCUCUGGAUGCCGGAUUGAAUCAUUCUUUGUAAAGUCAGCAAUCAGUCCUGAUGCAGCUCAAAUUCUCACUGGCUCUAGCGAUGGAAAUGCCUACAUAUGGCAGGUGAACAAGCCUGACAAAGAUCCCAUUACAUUGAAAACCCAUGAUGGAGAAGUUACAGCAGUAGAUUGGUGCCCAUUAGAUGGCAAGAUAGCUACUGCUUCAGAUGAUUUCACCGUUCGCAUUUGGAAUGUCCAAAGCAGUUGUGCAGAUUCAAGGUCACCUUCGUCCAUUAGAAGGAGAAUAAUGGCAAUUCCAACUGAAGAAUGUCGAAGGCUUUUAAGGAAUGAAGAACUGAUGGGUCUUGCAAAAGCUCCCGGUGAUUUGCAUCCUUCGGAUGAAGUAUGCCAUGAAAUGGACUCACUAAACUCUAUCACAAUGCCUGCAAUAAGUACUCCUGAACCUCAGAGGAGAAGGUUCUCAUCGGAUUGUGAUUCAAAAGAAACUUUUGAGAAAACUCCUGAAGCAGCAAUGAAGAGUCCAUCUUCUGUAUUGAACCCGCCUUCUUCCUUGAAAAGAAAAACCAUCCGGGAUUACUUUCUAGCUGCACAGUAAGAGAUAAUUUACAGUAUGCAUCCUAUGCACGAGUUUUUCUUGAGUAGCUGGUAGGGUCAUUUUCUUAGAUUAUAGGUUUGAAGUUGACAUCGAUUGUAUAGCAAGAAACCAGAGGAUCUCUUGGUCAGUAACAUGUACCAUCAAAAUAUUCUGCCUUUUUUCUCUUGGGUAUAGUAGUAGAAUUGAAAUAUGUACAUUUGUCGCUUAUACAGUUAUACUGAUUUAUUAGCUAGAUUCAAUUGCUUCUGUUUCUGACUUGCAGUAGCCUGAAGUGUCAUUGGAUACUACAGUGAAUGUUUGUCUAGUAAAAUUUUUGGAUGGUGGUUAAUUAGGGAGGAUUGAGAAGGCAUUUGAUGUAAUCAAAAGCAGAAAUGAAUCCAUUUUCUCUGUAGGCAAAAUUCAUAUUGCUCUAUUGUUGCUUAUGUUCAUGGGCGAUAAUAACAGCGUUAAUUAGAAAAGUCAUCUUGAGAUUUUUUUUUUU